UGGAAAACUUCUUUGCGUGUGUUGAAUUUGCAAAGUGUAAACUUGUAUAAUUUCGUUAAGGUUAUCGAAAAAUUGAGAUUUUUUUGUAUGAUUUAAACGUGUCACGUUUAAGUUGUGGUGAAGUGAAGUAAUUUUUACUGCUACUCUAUUUAAUUUUUUGAUCAAGUAAUGAAGACUACAUAUUGAAAUAGUGUAUUAAUAUUUAAAAGGAACUUGUAGCAAAAAUAAAGAAGAAUGAUGGUCGAUUAUAUAUAUUUAUGUAUAGUACAGUUGACAAGGAAGUAUGUGAACAAGGCUAGUGUAAUCAUCUUUAAUUAAGCUAUGAUACUUACAUAUCUUGCACUGCCUUUCAUGAAGAUCUUGAAGAAAGUUUAAGAUUAGGAUAAUGUAAAUAAUUAUGCAAUAGAUCUUUGUUAAAGAGAUUGACAAACAUAUAUAUAUAUAUAUAUAUAUAUAUAUAUAUAUGAUUAAAAUAAUUAAUUACGAUGAUGGGUCAUAAUAAUAGAACCCCUAGCUAUCAUAGUGCUUGGAGCCACCAAGAUUCAUAGCUGAUUUUUCCUCAAAUUACUUAUAAUAUAAAUAUGUUGCAUUCAUGACAUUAGAGGGAAAAAAUAGUUAAUAAUGAUUAAUGACCAAAUUUUAGGGUUCAUAAAAUUAAACAUGGUUCGAAAAAAUCUACCACAUAUGAAAUAUCCCUCUCUAUGUUUUUUUUUUUUAAUUACAUUUCACAUAAUUCAUGACAUUGACAUGAGUGAAGUAAAUUAUAGUAAAUGAUAUGUGUUGUCAUGACCAAUAAACGAUUUAACACAUGAUAUAUUCUCUUUUAGUUGAUUUGGUUACCAAUAGAAGUUGUUUUUUUUCCUUAAUAAUAAAAUAAGAAUAAGAAAAAGAAAAAUUUGCACGAGAGAAAAUGGUGUAACCCAUCAAUUGAAUGUAAGCCUUUCAAGUUUAGCCCUCAGGUACCUUCCAUCAAAAUAAUGCUAAUGCAUGCUGAGUACUAACAAUAAUGGCGGCCAUGUCUCCAAGAGAGAAAAUAGUGCUUGAAGCCAUAAAAUAUUGAAUGCCAAAAAAUUUCAAGUUUUAGCUUCUACACUGACAGAUGUUUUAACAAAAAAAAUUUGAUUUAUUUUUCUCUUAUGUUUUCAAUGUGGUGAAGUUUUACAUAUAUGGGAUCCCCCCCUCCAUUUUGAUUCAUCCAAUGACUUUGCAUCAGUGUCGAUAAGGACAAGUGACUUGUUUAGUUGGUGGGCCGUACCUUAAAAUCAAUUUACAUGUGAUUGGUUGGUGAGAGGCACUGUCAACCUUUUAUUGCUCCUAGCAUCACCAUAAUUCAAUUGCCUUCGCAAACCUUAGAUUUUUUCUCUCAUUUUGGAAAACUGAAAUGGUUAUUGCAGCUUCUAAUAUUCCUGCAAAUUGAGCAGCAGUGAUCGAAGUAGAUAUGAUAUAAAGUCAAAAGAGUUUUAGGAAGAUUUAUUGAGUGAGUUAUGUUUUUGGGUAUGAGCUAUUUUUACUAGAGUUGAAGAAAAAGUAGAGUCCUGUCUUUUACUAGAGAGAAUAAAUUAUUAUUGUUCUCGCUAAAAAGCCAAAACACCCACCUCUUAUAAAUUCUGCUUCAGUAAUUCAAUCUCACCCCAGAGUAGUCUUGGAUAUCUUUUGUUUUGUCUCUGUUUUUUCUGCAACAAUGGUGGCCAAGAAGCCAAGAAUUGUGAUAAUUGGAGCAGGAAUGGCUGGUCUUACAGCAGCUAACAGGCUCUACACUUGUACUGCUUCAAAGGACUUGUUUGAGCUUUGUGUUGUUGAAGGUGGAGAGAGAAUUGGUGGCAGAAUUAACACUUCGGAGUUUGGUGGUGACCGGAUUGAGAUGGGUGCGACCUGGAUCCAUGGCAUUGGUGGUAGCCCAGUUCACAAAAUUGCUCAAGAAAUCAAUUCACUGGAGUCAGACCAACCAUGGGAGUGUAUGGAUGGGUUCCUGAAUGACCCAAAAACCAUAGCAGAAGGUGGGUUUGAGCUAAAUCCAUCAAUAGUUGAGCCUGUCUCCACCCUUUUCAAUAACUUGAUGGGUUUUGCUCAAGGAAAUGUGAUUGAAGAUGUAGAUUUAGUGACUAAAGCUUCCAAGAUUCGUUCAACCACUGAUGGUGAUAAGCAGCUUAGUGUUGGUUGUUUUCUACGAGAAGGACUUGAUGCUUAUUGGGGUUUUGAGAAAAAACCAGAAGAGAUCAGAGGUUAUGGUAAGUGGACUAAAAAGUUACUUCAAGAAUCCAUUUUUUCAAUGCAAGAGAACACCCAAAGGACUUACACUGCAGCUGGUGAUCUGUACACUCUGGACUUCAAUGCAGAGAGUGAGUACCGUAUGUUUCCAGGUGAAGAAAUCACUAUUGCUAAAGGCUACAUAAGUGUAAUCGAGUCAUUAGCUUCUGUUCUACCUCCUGGUUUGAUCCAAUUAGGCCGAAAAGUUGUGAAAAUCGAAUGGCAGCCUCAAUCAACAGAGAUGGUGAAUGGGCAUUCAACAAGUCCUGUGAAGCUACAUUUCUCAGAUGGGUCAAAUAUUGUUGCUGAUCAUGUUAUUGUCACAGUUUCAUUGGGUGUACUGAAAGCUAGUAUUGGCCGUGAUUCAGGUAUGUUUAAUCCUCCUCUUCCAUCUUUGAAGGUCCAGGUCAUAUCAAGGCUAGGAUAUGGUGUAGUAAACAAGAUGUUUGUGCAAUUGGCUCAAAGAAAUGAUGACACAGAAGGUCCUGAUCCCAACAAGUUUCCAUUCCUGCAAAUGGCUUUUCAUCGACCGGAUUUCGAAUUAAGGCAUAAAGAGAUACCAUGGUGGAUGAGGAGGACAGCUUCUCUUUGUCCAAUUUAUAAGGAUUCAAGUGUCUUGUUAUCAUGGUUUGCAGGGAAAGAAGCACUUGAACUUGAAUCUCUUAGUGAUGAAGAGAUUCUUAGUGGAGUUUCAAGGACUAUUUCUUGCUUUUUACCACAACCAACCCACAAGCACAAGCAAGUGAAUCUUGAUUCGGAUGGUGAUCAAGUGUGCAAUGGUCAUGCCAAUGGAAGUGAUGAAGUGAGAUUCACAAAGGUAUUGAAGAGUCAAUGGGGCAAUGAUCCUCUAUUUUUGGGUUCUUACAGUUAUGUGGCAGUUGGAUCAAGUGGUGAUGAUGUGGACAAAUUGGCUGAGCCAUUGCCAGAGAUUGAUGAUACCUGUGAGAGUGCUCUUCCACUUCAGAUCUUGUUUGCAGGGGAAGCAACACAUAGAACCCAUUAUUCAACAACUCAUGGAGCUUAUUUUAGUGGUCUUAGAGAAGCCAAUAGGCUUCUUCAACACUAUCAUUGUGUUGGGGUUUAGAUACAAUUAGCAAUUUAGUAUUUUAUUUGUUUUUUUUCCCUAUGAAAUGGAGUAUUAACUAUUGAGUGAA